AGGAAGAUGGAAGAGGAGGAGAAGAAGAGAAGAGGUGAGGUGAGGUGAGGAGAGGAAAGGAGAGGAGAGGAGAGGAGUGUGGAGUGAAGAAGAGACAGGUUGGUCAAGAGAGGAUGGGCAUUUUGGAAUGUCACGGGAGACCGCGACUCCUCCAGGGCGACCGUGAGAGACCCAAGCGACGUCCUUUUCUCUGGAGCAUGACCUGCCCACUCGCCGAUAUUACGCUCCCGGCUAUCUCUCUACCCUUAUACUAUCUUCUCCUAUCUCGCAUGGAAAUGCGGCUACGCUCGAACCAUCUACUACCACCACCAGCACCACCAUCACCACUACCACCACUAACAUCACACAUUGACGUUGCCGUUGAAGCUUGCCUGGCAAACUCGCGCGAGUUAAUAAGCAGCAGCAGCAGCAGCGGCAGCAGCAGCAGCAACAGCAGCAGCAGUAGCAGCAGCAACAGCAGCAGUAGCAGCAAGCAGCAAGCAGCUUUAGAGCUCUAUGGUUGUAACUAUGGCUGCGGCUGCAGCAGUAGCAGUAACAGUAGCAGCAAUAGUAGCGUCGAUAGCAGCUAUGGUAAGCUAGCUAGGAAGAGCUCGUACUACUAGAAGCAAGUAGCCAGGAAGAGCGGUGGUAGCAAGAGCCACGACGGGGAUACAGUAGAGCGCGCGCUUUACUCGAACCCCCUGAGUGCGAAACCGUGUGUAAAUUAGCGUCUUCAAUUUGCGAACGUUCGCCUGACUUUACCGAG